GAAUUCAUGCGUUCAACAAGCUAACGGUUUCUUUAAAUCUCUGCAAGGUGUUAGUCAUUUAAAUCAUUCCUGUCAUUUUGUGCUACAUGUGCCACGUUUUCAGGGGAUCACGAAAAAACUACGCUGUGAAUUAAGGACACUGUGGACAAUUUGAUUAAGAAGUUCUUUAGCUUAUUUUAAGCCAACGACAAUUUUUCAAGUGGCUCAUCAUAUAAUUAGAGCCAGUCUCUUACCCGCAAAAUCAUGUCACAUCUAAGAUUUAUGAAAGAAUUGAACAAUUUGACUCGCAUGGACGACCCCAUCAAAGGACCACUCCCACGAUGGCAAAAAAAAUGUUUGGAAAAUUCAAAUUCAAGUCUUAACAUGACCAUGAAUUCCUCCAAAAAAGUUGUAGGCAACUCUUUUUCAAGUAGUAUUUCUGGAAAGUCUCCAGUGAAAAAAGUUGAUAGCAAAAUCAAGAAAACUCCCUCCAAAGGAUCUCGCAAGUCUCCAAAUCGUACUUCAGCUAAGACACCUAAUGGUGGUGACAGAUUUAUUCCCUCAAGAUCCACAACAAAUUUUGAUUUAAGCCAUUACAAGAUUCUUCAGCAGCAAAAUGCAGACCCAGACAAAGAUAAGGAUGAUGACUUAAGUCCUACAAAACGAGAAAUGCAGCGUCUCAUAGGAGAGAAUCUUCAUGGUGGUGACAUAAAGAACAUGAGAGUUUUAUCAUAUCAUAUUAAAGCUCCAGCAGCUCCAGAUGGCUAUCAGAAUCCUCUUAAAGUUCUGUAUAGUCAAACUAAAACACCAGCUAGCGUUAAAGCUUCUACAAGAUAUAUACCACAAGCUCCUGAUAGAAUAUUGGAUGCACCUGAAAUCAUUGAUGAUUAUUACUUGAACUUGGUGGAUUGGUCAGUCAACAAUAUUUUGGCUGUCGCCUUAGGUGCUAACGUUUAUUUAUGGAAUGCUGGAACUGGAUCCAUUCAACAAUUAUUUGAAUUAGAACCAACCGAUUACAUAUGUUCCGUUUCAUGGAUCCAGGAAGGUCCUCAUUUAGCAAUAGGUACUACAGUAGGAAACACGGAAUUAUGGGACUGUAGUGAAAUGAAGAGAGUACGUGUAAUGAACGGACAUACUGCCAGGGUUGGUUCUCUUUGCUGGAAUUCACAUAUAUUAUCAAGUGGAUGCAGAUUAGGUAAGAUAGUACAUCACGACGUCAGACAACGAGAUCAUGUAAUCUCUACAUUAAAUGCACACGCUCAAGAGAUAUGUGGUUUAAAAUGGUCGCCUAAUGGACAGUAUUUAGCUAGUGGUGGCAACGAUAAUAUGUUAUUAAUUUGGCCUUCGAUGGCAGGCCAAAAUCAUACUUUGGCUCAGCCCAUUUACUCGUUAAAUCAUCAUCAAGCUGCCGUGAAAGCGCUUGCUUGGUGUCCCUGGCAGAAUAACAUCCUUGCAAGCGGCGGUGGUACUGCUGAUCGGACUAUUAGAUUUUGGAAUUGUAACACUGGUGCUUGUUUAAACAGUAUAGACACAAGAUCACAGGUCUGCUCUUUGCUGUGGUCAACAAAUUACAAAGAAAUUAUUUCUGGACACGGUUAUGCGCAAAACCAAUUAACAAUUUGGAAGUACCCGACGAUGACGAAGGUAGCAGAUCUCACAGGACACACCAGUCGUGUUUUGCACUUGGCAAUGUCACCGGACGGAACUACAGUACUCAGUGCUGGCGCUGAUGAAACAUUGAGGCUGUGGAAGUGCUUCCAAGUGGACAAAAAAAGUCAACAAAAAAAGAAAGAUUACAGCGAGAUGAAAUCGGUCGCAUCUAGACUCAAGCAAUCGAUUAGAUAAAAUUGACUUGUCUCACUAAACAAUUAUUUCAGUAUUUAUUUUCACUUCAUUUAUUUGACAUAUAUGUGAUCGGCAUAUGCGUAUAAUGAACAAGUAACAUUGGUAUUGCAUUAAUCUACUAAUAUGUUCGGGACUGUAUACGACACACUUAUAAUAUUUAGAAAUUCAGGCGUACUAAUAUUAAGAUAUUAAUGUUAAGUACACUCGGUAAAUAGAUUCGAUUGUCUAGGCAUUACUGGGAUUAUCAUUUUUAGAGUAAUAACUAUAAAUGUAACAAUGAAAGAGAAUAAACGUUUUUUCUUGUUUUUAGA